AAUCUGUCAAGAUCAAAACACUCUCUGCUCCAUAUUUAUAUGACUAAUGCAAAACCAUUAAGUACAAAUACGUUAAAAUUUUAUAAUCUAUAAAAUACUGGCUGUAGUCCAGUAUAGUUGAUGUUCCGCGUCACCGUUUCAUAUUUUGGUUUUCAUCGUCAAUAAAUUUAUAUUUGAAAAAUGUGUUAAAAAAUGAAAGAAAUCACCACGAUCGUCAAUGGACGAAGUCAUUUCAAAUUUACCGCCGUUUACGAUAUCAGAAAUAAAUGACGCUAUUUCCCGAGCAAGUCGAGAUGGAAGUACGAUUUCUUUGGUUUCGUCAACUUCAAGCGAAGAUGACGCUAUUAUAAAUUGUUUUACCGGCGAAGAUGUUCAACCUACCAUAAAUAUUAUCAAUUCCAGUGAUGUGGUUAUUGGAUCGGUUACUCAAUUUCAUGGACCAGUUACCAUCGUACAACAUACACCCGGAAGUGAAAACGAUCUAACAGCUAUUACUAAUUUAGAUGAUUCAAAAAAAGCAAAUUUGGUUACAACUGAAGGUAUAGAUCCAGCUAUAAAACCACCGGUGCAAUUAAAUUGUAUAUCAUCAAGAUUAAUAAUAAGGAUAAUUUUCGUAACAAUAGCAUUAAUAGCGAUAUCUUUAACAUUAAUUUUUACAACUGUUCCAAACCUAUCGGAUGAAUCGGAUGAUGAUGACAAGAACCCCGAUGGGCUUAGCACACAUAAUAUAACCGGACACGAAUAUUAUACAAGGGCGCAAUGGGGUGGAAGAGCACCUUUAUGGAUUAAUGAAAUUGAAGGUCAAGUUCGUUGGGUUAUAAUUUCACACACAGUAACAUCGCAAUGUAAAACAUUCGGUGAAUGUUCAAAAUUAAUGCGAGCAAUGCAAGAUAUGCACGUAAACGAUGGUAGUCCAAAUAUAGGUUACAAUUUCGUAAUUGGAGGUGAUGCCAACGUUUAUGAAGGUCGCGGAUGGUUCGCACAAAACUUUCAUAUUUUUGAUAAAAACAGUUUAGCAAUAUCUUUUAUUGGAAAUUACGUUUACGAUGAAGUAACAAACAAUAUGAUUGAUGUAUUCAUUAAAAUGCUUGAUUUAGGUGUUGAAUUGAAAGUUUUACAUCCAAAUUAUCGAUUGAUAGCCCACAAUCAAACGUUGGUAACACUCAGCCCCGGUGCUAACAUUUACAAAUUGCUCAAGAAGAUGUCCAAUUUUUACGUGGAUUUGAGACCUCGUGAUGCAAUAAUGCUUGAUGGUAACAAUUGAUUUUUUUUUUGGUUUGUUGAGUUUGUGAUAUACAUUUUAAUUCCUAUUUUUUUUUCAAAAGACAUGUAAAAUUUUUAGAUUUAUUAU